UCAGCCAUAACCAGACUCGCAACCCGUCAGACUAGCCGCGGCCGAGUCAGCAGCAUGGCGACACCUUUCCUGUGGAAGCUGUCGUCCCAGAAGCUGGGCUUCUUCCUGGUCAGCUUCGGCUUCAUCUGGGGCAUGAUGCUGUUGCACUUCACCAUCCAGCAGCGGGCCAGCCACGAGAACAGCGCGGUGCUACGGCAGCAGAUCCUGGACCUCAGCAAACGCUACAUCAAGGCGCUGGCUGAGGAGAACCAGAGUGUCAUGGACGGGCCCUACGUGGGAACCAUGACGGCUUACGACCUGAAGAAGACCCUCGCAGUGCUGCUGGAUAACAUCAUGCUGAGGCUGGGCAAGCUGGAGUCCAAAGUGGAAAACAUCUACAAUGGCACAGGGGGAAACCUAACCAAUGGCACCAGCACUGCCACACCCAGCAACUCCAACCCAGAGAAAGUUAACGUGGCAGACCUCCUAAAUGGAGCCCAGGAGAAGUGUGAGCUGCCGCCUUUGGAUGGUUUCCCUCACUGCGAGGGCAAAGUCAAGUGGAUGAAGGAGAUGUGGCGCUCAGACUCCUGCUAUUCCAAUUAUGGCGUGGAUGGAUCCACCUGCUCCUUCUUCAUCUACCUCAGUGAGGUGGAGAACUGGUGUCCUCGGCUGCCCUGGAGGUUAAAGACCAUAAAUGAGGAGAUAGACAGGAGGGGACAGGCGGAGGUCCGCACCAGCUUCGAGGAGCUCUACCGGGUGAUGUCACAGCGGGAGGAGUUCCGCUGGAUGAUGCUGAGGAUCAAACGCAUGGCUGAGCCGUGGGUCAGCGCCAUCCGCUCGCUGGCCGCCAAGCAGAACCUGGCCAAGCGUCGGAGGAAGAAGGUCCUGGUGCACUUGGGCCUGCUGACCAAGGAGUCGGGCUUCAAAAUAGCAGAAAACGCCUUCAGUGGAGGUCCACUGGGCGAGCUGGUCCAGUGGAGCGAUCUCAUAACCACGCUGUACCUGCUGGGCCAUGAUGUCCGCAUCUCAGCAUCCCUGGCUGAGCUCAAAGAGAUCAUGCGCAAGGUCAUGGGCAACAAGUCCAGCUGCCCCACCCAGGGUGACAAGGUGGUUGAGCUCAUCUACAUCGACAUCGUGGGCCUCACUCAGUUUAAGAAGACGCUGGGACCCUCCUGGGUCCACUACCAGUGCAUGUUGCGGGUGCUGGAUUCAUUUGGCACGGAACCAGAGUUCAACCACGCCCACUACGCCCAGUCCAAGGGUCACAAAACGCCCUGGGGGAAGUGGAACCUCAACCCGCAGCAAUUCAACACCAUGUUCCCUCACACACCAGAUAACAGUUUCCUGGGCUUUGUUGUGGAGCAGCACCUCAACGCCAGCGACAUCAAACACAUCGAUGACAUCAAGAGGCAGAACCAGUCGCUCGUCUACGGAAAGGUUGACAACUUCUGGAAGGAUAAGAAGAAAUACCUCGACGUCAUCCACAGCUACAUGGAGGUUCACGGCACCGUGCACGGCACCAGCACCGUGCAUCUUCCAAGCUACGUGAAGAACCACGGCAUCCUGAGCGGCCGAGACCUGCAGUUCCUCCUCCGAGAAACCAAGUUGUUCGUGGGUCUGUCCUUCCCUUACGAGGGUCCCGCCCCCCUGGAGGCCAUCGCCAACGGCUGCGCUUUCCUCAACCCCAAAUUCAACCCGGCAAAGAGCAGCAAGAACACCGAUUUCUUCAAGGGCAAGCCCACCCUGAGAGAGCUGACCUCUCAGCACCCAUAUGCUGAGGUUUACAUCGGUCAACCACACGUGUGGACGGUGGAUAUCGAAAACUCCGCAGAGGUGGAGAAGGCCAUCCGCUCCAUCCUCAGCCAGAAGAUCGAGCCCUACCUGCCCUAUGAGUUCACCUGUGAGGGGAUGCUGCAGAGAGUCAACGCCUUCAUUGAGAACCAGGAUUUCUGCCACGGUCAGGUGAUGUGGCCCCCCCUCGGCGCCCUGCAGGUCAAACUGGCCGAGCCAGGACGCUCCUGCAAGCAGGUGUGUCAGGAGGAGCAGCUCAUCUGCGAGCCCUCCUUCUUCCAACACCUCAAUAAGGACAAAGACCUGGCCAGGUUUGGUGUGGACUGUCAGACGGUGGAGUCGAGCGCCGACACGGUGGUCCCGGCCUACAGCGAUACCCGCCGCCACUGCAUCUUCCAGUCGGACCUGCUGCUGUUCAGCUGCGCCGGCGCCCACCAGUCGCUGCGACGCAUCUGCCCCUGCCGCGACUACAUGAAGGGCCAGGUGGCGCUCUGCAAAAACUGCCUAUAGCAUCAACACACGCAGAUAGAAGGAGGGGAAGCAGGUGGAGGAGGGUGGAGGGGUCUCGCCAGAAGUUUCGUGGGGGUUCGGGCACGGCUGGUUGGGGUUUAAAUGAAGUCGGAGCAGUGUGUGAGUGUGUUUAAGAGACGAUAACAAACACUCCAUGCAGUCAAACACACAUGGGACUCCUCUGUUGGAAGCUGUUUAGACUGAAAAGUGUUAACAGGACUACGUGUGUUCAUUAUAUUUAUCCCCCCCCCCAACUCCCACCAGCUGCUGGAGGUGAAGAACUCCCGCAGCCAAACCCGAGCAUCCGUCAACCCUCGUUCACCAGCGGCGGCGCUACGAUUCCUGGAAAGCGGUGUAAAAUUACUUGAAUCAACAAAGGGAGUCAGUGGUCUUAGACUUUCAAAGUGGUACUGCAGCACAUAUGAGUGACUGCCUGCCUGUUUGUCUCCAGGUUCACCAGGACAGCAAGGGACCAAGUACUCAAAUGACCCCUCAUGCCA